AUUGGCGUUAUGGCUUUGGCAUCUUCAUUUGCCAAUGCAUCAGAUCCCUCCCCUUUGCAGGAUUUCUGUGUUGCAAUUGAUGAUCCCAAGGAUGCUUUGUUCGUGAAUGGAAAGUUUUGCAAGAAUCCCGACGAAGUCAAUGCUGAUGACUUCUUUUUCCGUGGUCUUAAUAAGCCUGGAGACACGUCCAAUCCGCUUGGUUCUAAGGUUUCAGCAGUGAAUGUGGCCAAUCUAACAGGUCUGAACACUCUCGGCAUUUCACUGGCUCGUAUUGAUUUUGCACCCUAUGGCCUCAACCCUCCCCACACCCACCCUAGAGCAACUGAAGUCAUUGCUGUUUUGGAGGGCACCUUCUACGUUGGAUUUGUUCUUUCUAACCCAGCACCAGGAAUGAAGAACAAGCUCUUUACUAAGACAUUAUACCCCGGAGAUGUUUUUGUGUUCCCAGAAGGCCUCAUUCAUUUCCAAUUCAACAUAGGAAAAACCCCAGCCGUUUUAUUUGCUGCUCUGAGUAGCCAAAAUCCAGGAGUGAUUACAAUUGCCAAUGCAGUCUUCGGUUCUGAUCCACCAAUCAAUCCA